AUGCAAGCAGCUGUUCAUGGGAAACUUCACGCUGCCCUAGAAGAUGAUUUCUCUUUUUUCCCUUUUGAACAACCACAACAACCAAAUACUUAUUACGACACAACGAUCGAUCAUGAGGAUCGUCCAUGUUUUUCUUUUGGAUCUACAAUCUCUCCUAGAAGUUGGCAUUUUGAAAAAUCUGAUAAUCUGCCCUCCUCACAACUGCAGCAUUUAGUUCAUACGCAACCAAUUCAUUUAAUCAAUCCUCAAAUUUUAUUCAACGAAGAAUUUCUUAAUUUAGAGAAUAUCGACUCUCAGCCCCACUUUAAGGAAGUGAAAACUACAAAGGGUAGUAUAACGACGACGGCACCUGAAAAGGAAAAGAAAAGCUCUAAUAGUACUAGAUCAUCUUCUUUGUCAUCUCUUUUCUCUAAUGAUGAUACUACAUCGACAUAUAAUUCAUCCUUCAACCACCACGAUAACUUCCAAAAGGAAAAUAAGAAUGAUGGUGAUAUCGAUAUGAUUGACGCAAUUAAAUAUGAAACUAACACAAAUUUACAAAAAGACAUCAAGAUAUUCCAAGAUAAUAUCGAAUUUAAUGAUUAUGCAAACGCACAAGAGUUUUACACCUAUAGUGCAAAUUAUACCUUUUCAAAAUCUACACACAUCCAUGACUCUAUAAAUGUCAAAAACAUGGACUUAUACUCCCAACAUCAAGAUCAUUAUGUGCCUCAUAUGGAGAGUAUACAUUCGUUUAAUAAUCGUCACUACGGCAACAACAAAAGCACUAACAGUAAUAACAGUAACAAUAAUAAUAAUAACAACAACAACAACAACAGUGUCUCAGAUAAUAUUUAUGAGGCGGAACCUUUUAUAGAUGAACCUCAAGUGCCAUCGUACUAUUAUCCAUUAGAAAUGGUCUUCGAUAUUGAAAAGUCUCCACCACCACCAUUACAGAAAUUAAGCUCGAAAGAAUUGGAAUUUCUCAAAAAAUUAAACGCUAAACUAUCAAGGUAUGCUGCUGCUUAUUCUUUCAGCGCUUCCAAUGAUCAAGAUUAUUACGACAAAGUCAGGUUUCAAGAAAUAUCCUACAAAUUUAGUAAAACCUAUUCUUGA